CUGAUAGCAAGUUGCAAAGGAAGAAAAGAGCAAAACAAAAGACAAAGUUGUAGAUAAAUGCUGAAAAUUGUUUAAGGAUUUCCAUUGGCCAUGCCCGCCCACUGCGCCGUUGUCAAUUGUAGCGAUAAAUAUGUACAUAAGGGCAGCAUAUCAUUUCACAGGUUCCCCUUUAAGCGCAAAGAUCUGCUACAGAAGUGGAUUAAUUUUACCCAGCGUCAAGGACAAUGGAUGCCCAGCAAAUGGAGUGCCGUAUGCAGUCGCCAUUUUGUAGAUGACGAUUUCAAUUGUAGCAACAAUCGCAAGACGCUCAAGAAAAAUGCCGUACCAAGUGUCUUUGGCGAUGAGACGGUAGAGUCAUUGAAUGUGGUGGUGGAGCAAGUCAGUCGGUGGCAGGAUAAACAGACUCUCGCCAGUGUGGCCAACGAGCCUCCCACGCCCAAUGGCCAGAAGAGCAUUUGCCGGUUUUGUGGACAAUGCCUGAAUUGUGUGUCCUUUGAGAAGAAUUUCGAGCUCUUUGGCAAAAUCCAAAAAUGUUUUCCAACUCUGCAGAUACUACAAGACGAUUCACUGCCCAAGGAUGUAUGCUUGGAAUGCUGUAAGCAAUUGGAGAAUUUUAAUAAAUUCAUUGAUGUGGUUAUGCAGACUCAAAGUGAACUGCAAAGAAAGUAUCGGCGUCAAUUGAAAAUCAAACAAGAACCUUUUGUUCGAGUCAAGCAGGAAAGCUUGGAUAACCUGUUUCCCGAUGAGCUAGAUAUUGGUUUGGAUGAAGCCGAUGCUGGCGGAGAUUCGGCCGAUCCCACCGAACAUAAGUUUCCAUUCUGUGAUUUCCCCCUGUUGAAUGCUCAGGACAUAAUUAACAAUUGUGAUAUUAUGGAGAUAAUUAAUUUAGAUGAUCCGUUUAUAAACAUAACCGAUGAUGCUGAUGUAAGUGGAGCCAAUGCUGCUGCUGCUGCUGCCGCUGUUGCUGGAGUGACAAUGGAUGAAGGUAUCUCACAGUCAGCUUCUAAUGGAGCUUCUUUGCCCACGGUGAAUGAAAUGCUGCAGGCUGAAUUGUUGACCGAGGAACACAAUUAUGCUAAGGAGGAAUGGCACCAGCUGCCGUACAAAACGGAAAAGGUUGAAGGAAUAGAUACAGAAUCUGCGGCGAAUCCUCACCAGACGGCAGAGAAGCGUUCUUGCAAACCCAUAGUGACCAAUGUCAGUCAGAUACCAAAUUCCCUGCAAUGUGUCUUGAUGCCAACGCCAUCAAAGCCACUACCACCAGCUGCACCGCCUCCUUCGAGUGUCAACUCAACAACGAUUGCGCCAGCACCUGCUCCAGUCUCCAUCACACCAGUCAAGCCCAACAUUGUUGUACUCAACGAUAGUGUAGUCCAAUCUUCGGCCGCGUUUCGCCUGCAUAACUGUAAUUAUUGUAUGGCCAAAUUCAUAACUUCUGAUAGCCUGAAUCAGCAUUACAAUCAAAUCCAUGCCAAUCCCAUGCCAAUGGUUAGUGUUCCGCCAUUGAAUCUAAAUCCAAGCAUUCCCCUUAAACUCGAAACUUUGCCCUCGACUGGCGGUCACUGGCAAACGGAUACGUGGCAAAACACAACAUCGUCCAGUACGAAUUUGAAGAAGAAAAUUGAUAUUUUGGAUAUGCAAAGGAGCUUCCUGGUGGCGCCAACAUUGCCAUCGCAACAACAACAACAACAACCACCGCAAACACUACCCCAACCACCACCAAUAGCUGCUCCUCCAACGCUUCCUCCUCCUCCGCCUGCCCCAGCCCCGCUACCAGCGCCUCUUCCUGAACCUUCAACAAUUUCGCCAAGUCAAUCGAAUCCAACAGAAAUGGACGAGAACUAUAAAAAAUUGGCUCUGCGCUAUCGCCGUCUUAAGCUCAAAUGCCAAAAACUUCAGCAGAAUCAAACAAAAAAUGCAUCGAGUCUCCAUCCAUGUCCUCAAUGCAGUGAGAUCUUUGCCAAUCGACGGAAACUGAUAAAUCAUAGAAAAAAGGCCCAUUAUGCAAUUUCACAUCGUAGUCAUCACACAUUGGCCCUUAAAUGUUGUGGCUGCUGGAAGAUAUUCAGCACUCGAUUGGGUCUGCGUCAACAUAUGCGCUACAUCUGCCAAUCCUUGCCAUUGCGAACCCAACGCCGCUGCCUGCAGAGCUUCAAGUGUCGUCAUUGCCAGGCCAUAACCUUCACCCACUGGCGCUUGUAUCGUCGACACGAAGUCAAAUGUCGCCAGCAUACAAGGAAGUCGACGAAAGGUCGUCCAAAGCGAAAGAAACUCCCAAUGGCUGGUGCCACCAUCUCGGAUACCUACCUCUGCAACAUGUGCCAAAAGACAUUUCGUUCGCUGACUGGCCUAAGGCAACAUCGCAUCACCCACUCCAACGAGAGGCAACAUAAGUGCGGCAUCUGUGAGCGAGUGUUUAAGCGACGGAAUGGUCUCUCCCAGCACAUCAAGGGCUACCACCUGCAGCUCAAGCCGCAUGUCUGUCCAGUUUGCCAGCAUCGUUAUGCCCUCAAGUGUGAUAUGUUAAGGUGCCGCCAUUCCCAGAGACGAGGUGCAGCAGCCACACCAUCUGCGGCAGCAACUGCCCCUUCUACAGUUGCCGCCACAGUGGUUGGAGUGUAAUUUUUGCAUCUUUAAGAAAAUUGUACACACAAAUUCAAUGCUAUUACUAAGAUAAGAUGACUCGAUCAAAUCGAAUUAAGAUUUCCUUAUUAACUAUCUCAUUUAGAAUGACAAAGCAAAGUAUUUUACUUAAUUUAAAAUGUAAAUAUUUUACAUAUUAUAUGUAUAUACGAACUUUAAAACAAGUACAUGUAAUAAUAUUCGUAUUGACUUGUAAAAUUAGGUUGAACAGAUGUUUUUAUGUAGAAUCAAAUCUUGCAUUUGCACCGAAGAAUUUUAUUACCCUAAAAAAAUGUAGUAUGAAAACUCUCUCCGUUGAUAUUGUCGGAAUUUUAGUUUUGGAAUAAAAUGAUUUAAUACUUCAUGGA